AGCUGUGUUGUGUCUGGGCCAAGUAACUCCUUCGGCAGUACUCCAGCAACACCGAACUCCGAGCCUGCCCAGGAGAGUGUCAAACUCCUAUCCCUCCCACCCGUUAUCUUUUCCCUCCUCCUCUUCUUCAUCCAACAGUCGAAGCAUGGAGGAGGGAGAGAGCCCACACAACAUGGAGGAGGGAGAGAGCCCACACAACAUAGAGGAGGGAGAGGGCCCACACGGAAUGGAGGAGAGAGAGGGCACACACAACAUUGAGGAGGGAGGGGGCCCACACAACAUGGAAGAGGGAGAGGGCCCACACAGCAUGGAUCACGAUGUCAGAGGUAAUAACCACCUCAUACUCUACGGUGUUGAGGUACCUGUAUACAAGUUCAGAGGAGAGGACGCGGAACUCAAGUGUCGCUACGACCGAGGUACUGAUCCACUGUACUCCGUCAAGUGGUACAAGGAUGACCGAGAGUUCUACAGAUACUUGUUUAAGAUGCAGUCUCCCAAGACCACCUUCUCUACCCCUGGAGUCUACGUCGACGUCCAGAGAUCCAACGAGAGGAAGGUUCUGCUGAAGAAACUGACCUUCAACUCGACUGGAGUGUACAAGUGUGAGGUGUCUGCUGACUCCCCGCACUUCCACACCUACGAGAACCAGAGCGUCAUGGUGGUAGUAGCCCCAGUCUACCAAGAUAGCAAGUAUUCCACACUUGAACUUGUAAUAAAUGGCGCACAGUAA